GUUGUGUUUUCUGAUUGCAUAACACAGUGGAUUACUAAAACCUCUCACAUCACAUUGAGCAGAUCGAGAUCCUGUAUGUUCUAAACAAGUGGCAAUAUCUGAUUCACGGAGGCAACUGGAGUCACGGCAACCUGGAUCUGUGAGGCCACAUAAUAAUAAUAAUAAUAAUAAAACGAGGAUUGAUUUAUCCAUGGAGGUAUAUUAAUCAAACUCUAGCUAGUGUUCUAAUAUUAAUAAAAGGCCAUUCCGAACAAUAAACAGCAACCACGUUGACUGACCUUGUGACCUUGGCCUCGCCAGUGCAUACUGACCAUGCAGUGAAGUGCCCUUUUUAAAUUUGUGCCUUAUUUACUUACGAAGAUGCAGUGCUAGUACGGAUGGAGCAAAAAUGAAGAGGUCAAGAAUUCCGGAUGUCUUCAAGAACAGAAAGAAAUUUCGAGUGGCAGCUUCAGAAUCGGACCAUCUUUUGGACGAGUCCAAUGUUGCCUUGUCUGAGGUUCCCAGUGAUACAAAGGCCGCCCUCCUCUAUCUUCGCUCCCUCGUUAAUGUCAAGGCAUUUGAGGAUCGCAUCCCACCAAUUGUCUUUAAGCAGCAGGUCUACAGCAUUGUCAGUUGCAAAACAGUAGUCGACAAGCAAAUUAAUGAUUUGAGGGAGAAGAAGGAAAUCAAACUCUUCCGUCUGGGAAAGGAAUCGGACGCAUUCGCUAUUGUCUUUACAGACAACUAUCGGGACCACAUCCGCAAGACAUUGGCAGACAGCCCGGCUAAAGAGCGGUUCUUAGAGACAGUCAUAGAGAAGUCUUCUGAUGUCAGCUUGGAUCAGAAGACAAUGACAGACUUUGGCUUCAAAGAUGAAGAAAUCACGCAAUUGCUCCAUGGAGGUGUGCUCAAUGUUAGAGAUGUUGGCAGUUGGUGGAUCGCAAUACCAGGGGCAGGAAUAUUCAUGAAGUGCUUUACCAAAGGACGGGACUCUGUUUUACGAACGAUACGAAAGAGUAAAUAUCAGAAGAUUCUUCAAAAGGAGCUGGAAGAACGGAAACUUGUGGCUGUGAAGAAGUUGGGGAUACAGUACCACAUCCAUGACAUCAUAGGUGCUGAACUUGUUACCAAGCAAGACACUACCUCCGGUCCGAUGCUUACCCUUGAUGUCUGACCAGAUCUGCCAAAAAUCUGAGAAACACCAAAGACUUACAUCGAUUGACCCUGGAGGUAGACUUGAUUCAAGUGCCGUUCUCGUGCAAGAGGUCCCUAAGCACACUGUGUCAACUAGACUGGGCCCCUGUCUUUAUCGUCCGCAAGGAUAAAGACAGGUACCUGCUAUUUAGAUCCAGUGAUUCCAUU